AAUACCCAGUGUGGUUCUCCACAGACAAUGAACCAGUGGUUGGUGCUGUCAGAUUGAGUCACCAAGCAGCUUUUCACAAGAUAGCUGUCAGGCCUCGACGAACACAUGGUGCUCCACGCUCUAGACGCCCAACACAGAUUGGUGGACAGAUUAGUCUCCCUGACGUUAUUGAGGAAGCCAACAAUAAGAACUCCACAUCUCAGAAGACUUCCAAUGUCCCUGCAGCCUCUGCCUCAUCAAGCAAAGCAAACACUCACACAGAUAUUGUGGAGGAACUGAGCAGUACCAGCAUUGAUAGCCAAACUAUUGUUGAACAUGAUUCUGAUAAAAAAGAAAAGGACAAGGAAGACAAACGUGAUGAGCCCUUGUUUCAGCGUCUGUUUGGCAGCAAACGUUCAGGUCGACGACAAUCUCGAGGAAGUGGUGAUGACAGCCGGGAAAACAGUGUCAGCCCUAUGAGGCAUGGUGGAGACCAAAGAGCAUCUCGAGAGAAGAGACGAGAUUCUUCUGGCUCUCGGUUCCCAGUUAUAGGAGUACCUGCCUCAAAAAUACGGCAAGAUUCUCACCCUCUACCUCCAUCUGGACGGCCUCGAGAGCCUAGCAAAGAAAGACUUGCAAAAGAGGUUUCAUCAUCUCAGACAUUAUUCUCAGCAAGUGUAGAAGGGUCAUUAGAGAGUACUCUAAUUGGUCAUCAGCCAAAUUUCCAUAUCUCACCAUAUGAUGAACGUCCUAUAAGACUUAGUGAAGGUGUUAGGAAAGUGAAAAGUUUUAGAGAAGUGCCAGAACAAAAUGUAACUCGAGAAGUUUUUCGCCGCAAAGUCUCAUCUCAAACAAAUGUUGAGGACCAGAAUAGUGUACCAACUAAGAUAUCACGUAUUUCAGCUUCGCUUGAAAGUCUAGAUUCUGAAGAAGUUACAAGAAAAUCAUCUGCCUUGCAUGCUAUUUCAUAUAAAACUAUACAAAAUGAAACUUUAUCCUCAUCACAACGCUCCUCAACUGAUUCUCUCACAACCACACCACUUCCAGGAGUGUUCAUUCGCCAACAUUCACAGAAUCAUAACAAAACAUUGUUGCAGAAACAUCAGGAUCACCUUCAACAGCUUCAUAAUCAGCAAUUAUUUGGACAAGAGGUGAGCUCUGGACCAUUUUCUUUAGAUUCAAGUAUAAGUUCACAGUCUCGGGAAUCAGAAGACAUGUUGCGGAAAGUAGCAAGUGUGGACCAUAUGAUUUGUAGCGUAGAAAUACAACAUCUAGCCAAGGAAAGUGAAACUAAAGAAAGCAUUGUUACAAAGCCAGCUGAAGUGAAAGCUAUAACAGAAUCAGCAGUGGAUGUUAUUGAAGGAAAAACAGAAUCUGGGAAAUUGGAGGGCAAGACAUCCCCUAAUCAGAUUUUACAUUCCCACUCCAUACACAAAGAUGAAGAAACUGUAAUUCAAGUUGUAAAUCCAGUAGAAAGUGAGGUGGAGGGGGAAUAUGUGCCUCGUCGUCCACUGAGGAAAGAACCAAGCAUGAAACGUCUUCUACCAAGAGAUCCAGAGCCAACACCUGUUCCAGAAUUUAUGCGAAUACAACUUAAUCGAGUAGAGAGCAAAGGCCAAUCAGUUAUUUAUGAUACUGAGCAAGAGAGAAAUACUAAAAAUGAUAAGAAAGAUGUAGAAAUAUUAAGCAAAAAGCCUGAAGCUGUAGCAGUAGCAGAAUCCAUUCAAAGAGAAGCUCAAAUAUCUGAGUGCCCCAUAGAGACCUCAGUUAUUCUCAAGAAAGAAGUCAGCAACAUUCCUAGUUCAAAAGAUAAUAAACUCCAAACAUCAGCCUCUUUUCAAAAAAGUACCAUUCAGGGAAGCCGAGGAUUAUUUAGGGAUACUUCCCCAUCUGGAAACAAUACAGAAAGUGGAGAUGGUGACUCUGGUACAGAAGGCACUUUAUCAGAUACUUCUGUAGAGCAUGUUAUUUUAAGAAAACCUCUUGUGUCAGAGCGAGCUCCAAUAAUAGAACGUGCUUCUUCUGUCACAAACCAAAUGCCAUUAUUGCCAUCUUCCAGAGAACAGCCAGAGUUGUUCAAGGUAUUUGCUAGACGAUCCUUUAAGGUUAAAGACUCUGAUAAAGGCAAACCUGAAUCCAGUGACAAUUACAAUGAUGAAACUGAUGUUGAAGCAUCAAGUGAAGUGUCAGAGGUAACUAUCUCUCCUGUUAGAACUCAUAGCAGUCCCUCAUCAGUAUCUAUUGGUAUUGGAAGUUCAUUAACAUCAGUUUCUACUGCACAGUCUUUAACAGAGGGAUUACAGAAACCAAGUAUACAUACUAUUUCCUUUAAUCGCAGAUCUGUGGGCAAUCCAACCCUCUCAUUUUGCCCACCUCCGGCAUCAACCCCAGAUGCACCUGUAGGAUCACCUUUGUCUUCAAAACCAAUGGUACUUGUUUUGUCAAGUAAUAAUAUUACAGUCACAAGCAGUUCAGAAAUUACAAUUACAAGUAGUUCUCGAAAUAUAACCGCAGUCACGUCCACAACUAACAUUAUAACAACUUGUAGCUCUCAAAGUAUACCAUCUACCAUGCCCAUUCUGGUCACAGCUGCACGUCCAUUACAGACAACAACUGUAGUUCCUGCUGCAUCAGAAAGUUCCAUCACAGUAUCUACCACUCCACCUACAGGUAUUAUUAGCAAAAUUAUCAGCAAUAGAGUCAGCAGUGUUACAAGUCUUAAUGACAGUGGUAGUGGAAUUGAAAGUGAAAACAGUUCAUCAUCAUCAUUAAUAAUAACUUCUACACCUUCAAAGCCAACAUUAUCUUCUCGAUCUGGAUCUGGAAUUCUUUGGCCACCACGUCUAUGCCAAGAGCAAGAUGAAUCCCCACAAUCAGCUCACCAGACACAAAUCCCCAUAGUUAUGCCAAGUAUACCAGUUUCACAACAAAAGAAGUUAUCGUUGAGCUCAUUAAGUGAUUUUGAGGUAAUUCGAGAUUCAGAGCAAAUUGAAGAAACAGAAGUUGAGAUAUCACCACUUGAUAUUGGUGCUGCACGGCGUAGGUUCAUGAGUGGAGGGAAGGACCGUCCACGUGCUCCAGUUACUCCUCCAGCACAGAAUUUGUUACCAGCAGCUACCUCUCCAGCAUCAGGGACUUCACCAUCAGGUUCUACCAGUAACUCUUUAUUAGGAACCCAAUCAUCAAUCAUUGUAAAGUCUGGACCAUCUGUCACUGAAGCUCGCAACACCCCACCAUCUUUCACCAUCACUGUACGUACACAAGCAGCACCUUCACCUAGUCGCUCUGAUAACGUUCCAGCUGCUACUACUUCAGUCACCAGUUCUACCACAGACCUGAAUUCCAGUACAACAAGCACCAAUAGCACCACUAGUAUAGGAAAGCCUGAGCAGGGAACAACACAACAAGCUACAGAAGACUGGAGGGUGUUAGUUAGGCAGCGACGGGAAGACAGACUUAAGCAAACGAAGACACCAGACUCUGAGGAAAUAAUAAUUGAGACUCGCCCGCCUGUGUCUCGGAACAGCAAAGUUCUUGAAAUGGCCAACAACUUCCAGAAACUUCAGGUUGCCUAGCAGAAACUUUAUCAAGGACAAGCUUGGCCCAAGUGACUGCUGAAAAAAAAAUCUUUAUUUUUUUUUAUCAUACAUUACACAUCAGGAUUGAAGUAAUUCUUAGAAAGCUUCAGUUUUCUCUUAUGUACAGUCUUCAUCAGUGACAUUAAUCUGAAUGCUCUGUCCAGUACAAUUAAUAAACAAAAAAGCCAUUGACAUUGUUUAAUAUUUAAAAAUUAUUGUUGGAUAAAUGUGUCCAUCACCAUCUUUAUGGAAUAUAAAUAAAUGUUAAACUUUUUACAACAAACUUGCACUCUCUUCUUCAAGACUAUGCAAUUCUUUUUUGUAAUUUCAUACCUGUAUAUUUUAAACUGAAUGACUUAAUAAUAGUGCAGGUUUAGUGAACUCUGCUUCCAGCGGUAGAGUGACAAGGGCCCAAACUUUUUACCCUUCUGAAAAGUUCAAAUUCCAAUAGUGCUCUAGCACAUUAAGUGAACAUUGAUGACCAACAGUAUAACAGCAGGUAGUGAGCAUUUUGUAUAAUGAUUCAAGCUAAGGACUCAUUGACUUUAGGCUGCUCUUUAUUCUUGUGACCUACCCCCCCACUCCCCCCUCUUAUUUCGUGGUAACGUUGGUUAGGCUGGUAUUCAAGUGAUGGACAUGUGUUAUGUGAUACACUUUUGUGGAUUUAUUAUGGUAAAUGUAAAUAAAUAAAAAUUAUGUUCUGAAAUUUUAUUUUUACAAUAAUUAUGACAAAACGAAUUGGGUGUGUUUUGAGCUAAUUCUUUUUAUAAGGUGAACAAGUACAUUUAUCUGACAAUGGUCAUAUAUGUACUAUCCAAAAGUACAUUAUAUGCUUGCAAUAAUGGCUUUUUUACAUUUUUAGAGAUUUAUUUAAGAAUUAUCACCUAAAACAUGCAGAAAAACAUGAACCACUUUUUAAUAUAUAUUGUUAAUCAAGACAAUAAUAAGGACAAAUACAUAAAAUAUAUAGAUUAUAGUGCACAGGAUAAAUUAUAUGUAUUGUACUGUAUAAAAAGUAUUAGUAUAGAUUGUUGUAACACAGUUUAGACCUUUGAAGUUAAUAGAAAACGUGGCUGAGGGGGCUGAGUUAAGUAAACAACACGUUAUGUAAUAUAUGAAUUAAAGUAGUUUUAUAUUCCUGAAAUUAUAUGAGCAUUCUUUAUAAUAAAUAUUUCUGUCAUAACUCUUCCAAACGUUCAGCUUUAAAGAUCUGAAUAUGGAACUGUUAUGGACAGUUGUAGCAUACUUCAUGAUUUGUACUUUGCAGAUCAGGAUUUAUAUGAAAGGGUCCAUAGGUCAAGUCUGUUUGAUGUGCAUGGCAAACAGUUGCGACACAAGUGGCUUUAAAGACUUUAGGUAUGGUAGAUAUUUUGAAUAUCAUCUGUACUCUUAACGAAUUGUAAAGAACAGUGAAAAUAGAUAAAAGAUAAGAAAACCAUGUAAGUUGUGUAAAUAUUGUGUAAAUAAAUCCCUAAGAAGCAUGUAUAAUAUUUGCUUUAUGGUUACAGUACAGUAAAUGCUUUAUCAGGGGGUAUGAAGUGGUUUUUAAUAUUUAAGGCAUUGAAUAGGUUCAACAAAUUUCAAGAAAUUUGAGUUCAGCAUUAGUUGUCUUUUCAACUAGAAGGCUGUCUAAUAUAAAAAUCUUGGGUAAUGCUCUAAGUCUGCCUAUUUUUAAUUCCAUGAGGGGGAGUUCUAGAAAAAAUGUUUUUAAUAAAUUAUGGUUGAUUAUAA